AUGGCCAAACCGUUACCAGACCGUUCCGACCGCUGGCCAUGUCUGACGAAAAGAACGCCGGGACCCAGUGUGUGUAUCCUGCUGAAGACUGAAGAAGUUGUGUUAAUCGUUACUGUUACUUUUUAUCUGUAAAUAUCUUAUCUACGCACCACUCCUAGAUGUCAUCCACAUCGACUGAUGUGGAAAGGGCGUCGUGCAGGAUCGGGCGUGUUGAUGGCCGAGAUAUCUUUCGGGAGGUGGAAGAGGCGAAUGACCGUGGUAGGCUAUGGGUGUCCGGGCGCGACCUUGUCAUCGAGUUAGGUACAAUGUUGCCAUUAGACCAUGAAAGAGUGGAAAGGGCGGUAGAAGGCCAGGUUAGUAUGGCCAGGAAGAGAGGUAAACUCUGGUUUAUUCGGGAGGUGAGGGCGUACGGCAUUCACAUCCUAAGCGAUAAGUUCAUUAGGAGGGUGUUGGUAGAACCACAGAGGCGCAGGGGAGUUCCAGGAGCGUCACUGACUGCAAAGCGGUCACGGGGUAAAGUAGAUCUACCUGAGGCGGGUCUGUCGCUUGCCCGGGUUCCUACCGCAGUGGAUUUCCCUGAAUUGCCAUUGGGGUCGGGAUCUAUGGUGGUGAAGUCUGAGCCCCAGGUGGGUGUACUCAUCCCCAAUCCAAUAUCGCUGGAAUCCCAUAAGUUGCCAUUGUCGGAAUUGGGAAGAGUUAAGGUUGAACCCGAAAAAGAGACCGAUGUCUCUGUUUCAGUGGGGUCUGAGGUUGAGUAUUGCUCAGAAAGGGAGGUCAUAAUCAUCUCGGACUCUGAAGAGAUGGAAGUUGAAACGGUAGAAAAGGUCGGGUUUAGCUGGCCCGUAGUCGAGGAAAGAGAGGUCGGGUUUAGUUGGCCUGUGAUUGAGGACGGAAAGGUCGGUAUUCACCGGCCUGAAGUUGAGGUGGAGGGGCCCGUAUGUAUGGACCGGAGUGAGAGACGGUCUAGGCGUACGGAGGAGGAAGGGUGUUUGGAGGCCAGGGAUAGGUCACGGUCCAGACAUGAUGAAGGGAGGGGAGAGAAGAGGGUCCGAAUAUGUCCGUUGUGCGGACUAAAUACAGGGUCGGUAAGGCUUCAUGUGAUGUCAAGGCAUCUUCCGCCUGUGUUUGGGCAGGAAGCUUGGGAGGACCCGAGAUUGGAUCGCGUUAGGUUCAGGGGUGUUAUUUGUCUUAUCGGUGGUCUGGGCCUCCAGAGCAUUGAUGAGGCUAUGCUAUUUGUGCAUAGGGUGAAGUUGGCGAUCCCAGAAAGGUCUUGGCUGUAUGACGGAGAUCAGGCUUGGCUAGAAAGGGUGUGUCGUAGAUUUCUAUGGAGCAUACCAUCUGUGUUCCAUGUGGCACGUGUGAACUCACGGGCACUUCUUUUUCAUUGGAGGGUAAUGGCUGCACUGCUAAAAUUGUGCGGACCAGAAUUCAGAGAUAAUUUUGUUGCUCAAAAGUUUAGUCGGCGUAAAGUGGUCCCGGCGACUGAGUCGGCACAGGCUGCUGAGCUGACACAAAGACCAGGGCCAUCGUCUACAGUAUCAAUGGAGGUUCAGGCGACUGGAUCGACACAGGGCGCUGAGUCGAUACAGGAGCUCGAACCCGUACACGAAGUGUUUCGGGUAACUGGGUCAGCUCAGAAAACGGAGUUGGCACAGAGACCCAGAUCAAGUUGCAGUGUGGGGAUAGAUAAUGAGUCGGUACAUAAACUACAUAAACCCGGGCCAGUCCAGUUACUGUUAUCAGAAACUAGGGUGACAGAGUCGAAUUCGAAUGUUGGAUUGACUGGGGUAACGAGCGGUGUUAUGGGAGGUGCACAGGAUGUGUCGGAGUCCCAAGUGGCAGGGUCAGUGACGGAGAGAGGGAGUGUUGAGUAUGGGGAACUUGAGGACGCUCCUGUGGUCCUUGAGUGGGUGUUUGCAAGGAAUGUGGAACUCACCGCUUUCGAUAGCCAUUUUCAUCUUGACCGAAGUUGCAAAGUGACUCGGUCUGGUUCCCUUGAGGCGUUGGUGGGACACUCCAUAGGGCCUAUGCCUGAAGUGCGGGUGAGGGUUACUGGGGGGAUUGCAAAUUACUGCGAUCCACCCAGUUACCCUAGAGAAUACCCUUGUGUCACCGGCUUCGGGUCGGCUGUUGGGGUGCACCCAAAGGCAUCUCGUGGGAACGUUGAGGAGCUUGUGAAGCUGGUUGAGAGAGAGUUACGAAUGGACGGGGGUGAUCGCUUUGGGGGAAAUUGGUUUGGACCAGAAGCGGCCUGAGCGUGAGUGGGGCGAGCAGGAGGUGAUGUUUGUGAAGCUGUUAGAGCUGGCCUGCCCUAGGCGACCAGUUAUCCUUCAUAUUCGGGGACGAGACACUUACUCUUGUGGGGUGAGUGCUCUCGCUCUCCGUCUUAUGAGGGAGAA